GGGCAGUACAGUGGCACCUGAAGGGUUAAUGGUUUUAGGUCUCGGGUGUCAGCGCUGGGUGUGGGAGGGUGAUGAUCUCACCACCACAUGUCCAAUGAGAAGAACCGCUAAGUUUAGGCACCGCCAGCCUUCACCAUCCAUCUCCCAGUACCUCCCAGUCCCGGCCGACGUCAGCAGGUCCCCUUCGCCACAGAGGUGUAGGUCGCGGUGGUCCGGAGCCUAUCCAGGAAAAACAGGGCGCAAGACCAAGUACGGUACACCCAGGUACCGUAUCGCAGGGAACAGUGCAUUGCCAUGGCGUCUCACAGAGACAGUGAUGAAGCAGCAAAUCAGGUUGUUCCUCAGGACGAUGACACCACAAGCGUCAGGUCCAUUCAGUCACAUUACCUGCGAAGCCCCUCCCCCAGCAGGUUCUCCGUGGUCUCCGAUACAGACACGGAGAGCAUCUUCAUGGAGCCCAUUCAUCUGUCGUCCACCAUGGCUGCCAAGAAGAUCAUUAAUGAAGAGCUGAAACCCAAGGAAGUGAAGGUGGAGCCGGUGUCAGAGAGCAUGUUGGAGUCGGCAGAGCAGCUGAUGGUCGAGGAUUUGUACAACCGUGUAAAGGACAUGAUGGACGACAGCAGCCCUUAUAACACCCCCUGUGUGUUGGACAUCCAGCGUGCUGUGGUGCAAGACCGACUCGAGGCCCCAUUCAACCCCGUAGAUGAGGUGUGGCCAAGCAUCUUCAUCGGCGAGCAGUCAGUGGCAGUUAAUAAAUCCCGUCUCAAGCGACUGGGCAUCACGCACAUCCUGAAUGCAGCCCAUGGCACAGGUGUCUACACGGGUCCCGACUUCUACGCCGGCAUGAACAUCCAAUAUAUGGGCAUCGAGGUGGAUGACUUCCCAGACGUGGACAUCUCCCCACACCUGCGCUCAGCUGCUGAGUUCCUGGACGAAGCUCUUCUGACACAUAAAGGCAAGGUGCUCGUGGACUCUGUGAUGGGAGUGAGUCGCUCUGCUGUGCUAGUAGCUGCCUACCUCAUGAUCUUCCAUCACAUGACCAUCAUGGAGGCACUACUGACACUGAGGAAGAAGAGGGCCAUCAACCCUAACGAGGGUUUCCUAAAGCAGCUUCGGGAACUGAACGAGGAACUGCUGGAGGAGAGAGAUGGGGAUGAUGACAGUGAUACACUGAGCCAGAGUUCCGUUAUCGAGGCUCAUCCAUGCCAACAGGGAAAAGCAGAGAGCAUCCUGGGUGCCAGGGCACACUCCAUACAAGUGGAGGAGGAGGAUGGUGCGAGCGUUAUGAGCAGUGUGAUGUCAAUGCAGAAAACUGCUGCCACAGCUCGGGAGGACUACACUGAGGAGCAGAGCAAAUCCUUGCUGGACGAAGAAGAUGAGGAAGAUGACCUGAACCAGACGAUCCGCGAGUGGCAGAAGAGGAAUGAAAAAUACCAGAGCGAGGAUUGGUGGCAGGCGCAGUUGAUGAGUGAGGAUGAUGAAUCGAUGUUUGGGGGAAGCCGACUGCCCGAGGAUGGGGAGAGCGUCACCAGUGCCGACAUACAAGCCUUGAAGGACAAGAUAGAAGCUGGAGUGGGGCGGUGUUGCCAAAGUGCUGAGUCUGUCAUCACCAAUGACAGCAGCAACUGUGCAGACGUUUGGAAGGAGCGUCUGAGAGAGAUCGAGGAGCAGAUCACGGCCCGAUACAGAAGUGCGGACCGGGAGGCCAGCGAGAGCGACAGCACGGACAGGGAGGUCGAUGAGGAGAGCCUACUCUCAGACACGGGCUCCUCCCUCCUCAAUUUCUGCAAGAAAAACAAAGACAAGCUGACACCACUGGAGAGAUGGAGAAUAAAGAGGAUUCAGUUUGGGUGGAAUAAGAAGGAUGCAGAGGCAGAGAAAGGAGCUGGAGGCGAGCAGGAUGACAAUGAGGGGGAAGAGCGGAAAGCACCUUUGCCGGCAGAUGUGAACCUUACAGCCUAUCAAAGCUGGAAGCUGAAGCAGCAGAAGAAACUGGGGGCCGAGAACAAGGAUGAGGUAGUGGAGCUGGGACGCCACGAGAACCCUGUCCUAGUGAAAAGGAGGCAGCGGCGUGAAGAGAUUCUGGAACGCUCCAAACAGACCCUCGAAGAGAGUCAGUCCAUGUGUGGGUGGGACACGGAGAGCUCGUUCAGCAGCAGUACCAUUCCACUGUCAGCCUUCUGGUCUGGAGUGGCCAAGAGCGCCUCUGGAGACGACACUAGCUCCAUGCUGAGCAUGCAGAGCGGCCGCUCUUCCACUCUGUCACAAGCUCACAGCACACAAGGGCCUCCCCUACCCCAGGUGCCCAUGGUGCCCUUACCAAACAUGCAGGGCCCUGGAAACGAGGUGUUGAACCUGGCCAGCAUUCAGAACUGGAUCGCUAAUGUUGUGACAGAGACUCUGAUCCAGAAACAAAAUGAGAUGAGGGCUUGUGGGAGUCUUCCUCCAUCUCGCCCUGCUUCUGUCUUCAGCCUGGGGCCCAAGUCAUAUAUGAAUAUGGGGAGGGGCCUGGAUGAUGACAAGGUAUCCAUGCUGAGUGGGGCCACGGGCUCCAGCGUGUUGUCCAGGGGUGAAGGCAGCUCAGUGCUCUCUGCUGGUGGGGCAUCUAGCAUUUCUGGAACUGGCUCCCGCAAAGGCCGGAUUUCCACUACCAGUGUGCCCCUCUACAGUCUCUUUCAGGACCAGGUGGACCUGCAGAAACUCAACUCUAUGGACAAGGAAAUGAGGUCAGAGAUGAUGGAUAAGAUGGCAGCUUAUGAGGUGAAGAAGAUUGCAGAAGAUAACAAGCGCAGUACCCUUUUCAAGAAAAAAAAGCCUAAGGAGGACAGUGAUGAAGAUGGCAGAGAUAAUGCAGCAGAUGUGCAGAGCGCAGCAGGCAGACAGAUACCUGCUGGCCGUGACAUGCCCAGCAGGACGUUGUCUGACUUGGCUGGCAGACUUGGCAGUGAGGACCUUGACAGAGACAAGACCAGCAAUAUUGACAGGUGGCUAGAUGGAAUCUCAGCACCUUCCAGGAGCUCUAAGUCCUUUGGUGCAAAAAGCUCAAAGCCUCAGGCUACCAUGGAGUCCACAAAUGGUACCUUCGCCAGCAGGAGGAAGGACUUUCAGGAGAAGUCAUUAAACACUGAAGAAGAGGACUACGUGUCCAGAUUUUCCUCCAAAGCUGCAAAGGAUCAGUUUUCCUCAAGCACAUUCAGACUCGCUGAAAUGGAUCCCAACAGAAGUGUGAAUCCAGAGCUGUCUUAUCACUCCAGGAGCUCAACGUUGGAAAAGGAAGAUAAAGCCUAUAACCUGAUGGAAUCUCGCAACUAUGGAACACGUAGAUCCUACAGCACUGAGGAAGAGGCAGAUGAAGAGCUGGAGGAAGAGUCUGCAGCCAAGAGGAAGUUUUCCCACUACUCCAUGUGUGAAGACAAUGACAAAGAUGUAACAAAAGGGCAGCAGGAGGUGGAGGAUGAUGAUGAAGAAGAUGUAACCACCUUUAUCAGCAGGUGCAGGCAGCGCUCCAAGGCUCUGGUGGAGAGCGAGAUGGACAAUGAUGCCAUCAUUAAUGCCUGGAGAACUCAGCAGGAAUCCAAGUUCCACUCUUCCAGGGGGGCUCAAUCUUAAUCUGCUGAAAGCAGAGUAAAUAUGUUUCUCUGCUAAACUAUGUUUAUUUGCGAUAGUUUAUUAGACCAUAACUAAUUACGCCAUGAUGUGACUUUGCUGGGACUGUUUUCCAUCUUCAUAAAAGUUUCAUAUUUUCCAAAUGCUUCUUAAGAAUUCUGUGUUUUGGUGUUUCCAGAGACGAUGACGAAAAGGAAGUUCAAUGGACUCGCGCUGCUCUCGCAGUGUGUGGAGAACUUUUGGAAAAAACCACAGCUCACAAGUGACACAUUUGAAAAGGAGGUCAUUCGAACACCAAACACUCAGCUCAGAAAAGAGCUGCAAUGCGCUGUGCCCCUCUCAGGGAUCUCAUGCGCUGCAAGUGCCACAAAAACCACAAAGGUCACAUCUGAUAAGA